AUGAAGCAAACAGACAAAAUUAACAUAAAAGAACUUAACUCCGAAGAAAUAGAAAAAUACAUAACAGAAAUGACCAAAACAAUCCAAAAAGCUUGUGAUGAAACCUUGAGACCCAAGAGAAAUAGCAUAGACAGAGUCCCAUGGUGGACCCCUAAACUUGAAGAGCAUAAAAAGGAAGUAAUAAAACUGCACCACAGACUACAAGAUCUGGUCAAAGGACGCAAACCUAUAGAAAAUAUAUUAAAAGAAAGGGAAGAGGCACGUGAAAAAUCCGAAAAUAUUAAAAUAAUUUAUGAACAUGUAAUUGAACCCAUAGUCACUUACGCUGCUGGUAUUUGGGGCGAAGCGGUCAAAUAUAAGGUUGUCCGGGACACUCUAACGUCCAUGCAGCGUCUUUUUGCUUUGCAAAUAAUUAGGGCUUUUCGAACAGUCUCCGCAAAUGCAGCAAUCGCAUUGGCGACAUUAAAACCUCUGCACCUCAAAGUUGGAGAAGUAGCAGCUAAAGAAAAUACAAAGAAAAUAAAAACCUGUAAAUUCCUACCUGAGGACAUAAGACUGGAUGAACCUGCACAUCACUCCAAGCUACUACACCCGGCACAUCGUACAACAAUUCAAAUUAUUAAAGUAAACAAUCAAGAAGAAUUAAAUAUAGCCACAGACAACAUAAACUUAAAAAUAUAUACGGAUGGAAGCAAAUUGGAUGACGGCAGGGUGGGCGCGGCCUUCGUAGUGUUUAAACCGGAUGGAACUAACAUAAUAAAGAAAUACAAACUACACACUAGUUGUUCUGUCUUCCAGGCAGAACUCCUAGCAAUACAUAAAUCAAUAAAAUGGGCGACCACAGAAUACACCUCUUCAAACAUUGCAAUUAUAUCAGAUUCUUUGAGUGGCCUAAAUGCAAUCGCAGAUAGCAGUAACACAAAUCAACUAAUAGUCAAAAUACAUGACGACAUAAAGGCAAUAAGAGAAGAGAAAGGGAAGGUUAUCUUUUGCUGGGUCAAAUCUCACACCGGUAUAGCAGGUAACGAAGCUGCAGAUACAUCAGCGAAGUCUGCAGCAGCGUCACACCAGCCUCUCACUUUUGAUCGCUUCCCACUGUCUUAUGUAAAACAUAGGUUGGCUAAAGAAACAGAGGUGGAGGCAAAUGAAAUAUACAGAAACUCACUAAAGGGGAUUGUCACAAAGAACCAGUUACCAAACCUUAACAUAAUAAACGAACUCUGGAAAGUAACCACACCUACUUUCGAACUAACUCAGUUCCUUACCGGACAUGGUUAUCACUUGGAAUAUUUAAAAAGGUUCAAGAUAAAAACUACAAAUAUAUGCCCAUGCUCUGACCGAGAGAUACAAACGCAGGAGCACUUGAUUAAAAUAUGCCCAAGAUAUAAUAAAUUCAGAAUAGACCACCAAAUAAAUAGUAAUAAUCAUAACAUGGAAAAUCCAUAUGACAUAAAAGAACUAAUAGAGAAGAAAGAGUGUAUGAAAACAUACUUAAAAUUAAUAAAGAACAUAAUAAGGACUCUAAAGGAAUAUAAUAAUAAUAUGAAUACA